GAGCUCGAGCCCCUCAUCCAUUCAGUCGUCUGACUUAAUGUUAAUUCUAAAAACUUAUUUUUUUUCACAAAAAGAAAAAGAAAAAGGAACAACACCAGAACCUCUUUAAGGAACUUUUGAGUAAGUCUCUUCUUCUCGGUAACAAAGUCUACUUGAGGUUGAAGAAGAAGUGCAUCACCGUCUAAUAAACUCCAAAAACCUGAAAUCGGCACCAAACUUCUCCUUCUCUCGUUCUGUUGCGAACCACUAUGCCGGGAGCUGUGGAUCGUAUGGAGCUGAGGAAAGUCACCACAGAUGUCGACGACGACAGCAACGACAGCCUGGACGACCGCUUCACAGAGCCCAUCGAUUCCGAGAAGGCCACCAUCGACAGUCAAUUCUUGGACGAUAAUGAUGACGCAGAGAGCCAGAAGUUCCUGUCAAAUGGGAUGAUGAAGAAGAAGAAAUAUGAGGAAUACCAUGAAGAAUAUCAUCCCGGCCAUGCUUCAUUCGGGAUGUCUGUCUUCAACUUGAGUAACGCCAUCAUGGGCAGUGGCAUCCUCGGUCUGUCCUACGCCAUGGCAAACACAGGCAUUGUGCUCUUUACAAUCCUUCUCGUUGGUGUGGCUAUCCUCUCCUUGUAUUCUGUACAUCUGCUCCUUAUGACUGCGAAAGAAGGAGGAUCACUCAUCUACGAAAAGCUGGGGGAGAGAGCAUUCGGUUGGCCUGGAAAAUUUGCAGCAUUCGUAUCGAUAAUCAUGCAAAACAUCGGAGCCAUGUCCAGCUACCUCUUCAUUGUGAAAUACGAGCUGCCUGAAGUCAUUCGAGCCUUCUUGGGUUUAGAAGAAAUCUCUGGUGAAUGGUACAUGAACGGAAACUACCUGGUGGUGUUUGUGUCGAUCGGGAUCAUUCUCCCUCUGUCGCUACUUAAAAAUCUAGGCUAUCUGGGCUACACCAGUGGUUUUUCCCUUUCCUGCAUGGUGUUCUUCCUCGGUGUGCUGAUCUACAAGAAGACCCAGCUGCCCUGCCCUCUUCCUUUCUUUUACCACCACUCGUCCAACCUCAGCAUGAAUGCUUCGGCCAUGCCUGGGUUAUACUCGUUACACAACAACUCGGUGCAAAUGGAUUUCUCCCGGGCUGACGUUUCCCCGGCGGCACUGGGCGCCCACGACGCCCAUCACUCCACUGGCGUCCACGUCGAGCCUCACCCCGACGAUGAGGAGAUGUGCACACCAAAAUACUUUGUCUUCAACUCACAGACGGCUUACACUGUGCCAAUCCUGGCCUUUGCCUUUGUCUGCCAUCCUGAGGUGCUGCCAAUCUACAGUGAGCUAAAAGAUCGCAGCCGGAAAAAGAUGCAGAACGUCUCCAACCUGUCCAUCUUGGCUAUGCUCAUUAUGUACAUGCUGUCGGCUUUGUUUGGCUACCUCACCUUUUAUGAUAACGUGGAGGCAGAGCUGCUCCACACCUUCACCAAGGUCUACAAGUUCGACACUAUGUUGCUACUGGUGCGUUUGGCUGUUCUCACCGCCGUCACACUGACUGUCCCCAUCGUGCUGUUCCCUAUCCGCUCCUCCAUCACUACAUUGCUGUUCAGCAAGAGAGAGUUCAGCUGGGUUCGCCACAUGCUGAUCGCCGCCUGCAUCCUGGCCUUCAACAACAUGCUGGUCAUCUUCGUCCCCACCAUCAGAGACAUCUUCGGCUUCAUCGGUUCCUCUGCAGCCACCAUGCUCAUCUUCAUCCUACCCGCUGCUUUUUACCUCCGCCUGGUAAAGUCGGUGCCGUUCCGCUCCCCGCAAAAGAUUGGGGCGGCCGUCUUCCUGGUCGUGGGAGUCAUCUUCAUGAUUGGCAGCUUGUCACUCAUCGUCCUCGAUUGGAUUCACAACCCACCAGGCUCCGGCGAUGGUCACUAAGCCCCUCUUUUCCCCCUAUCAUCAGAUUCACAAUUAAGAGUGCAGCAAACCUUACCCUCAACCACCACCACCCAAAUCCCCCACCUGUCUCUUCUAGUUCGCCUCAGAUGGUCCAACAUCUGGGAACAGGGUUCACAAAUGGUUCCCUUCUCUUCACCAGAUCACACAACCUCAACAUACUGUAUCGACAUGAUGUGCUGCACCGGGUUAAGACAUCUUCAGUUUUCCCUCAGAAAAUAUAACUGGAGGGAAACUAUUUAGCUCGGUUUUUAUUUUUAUUUUUCGUCUUUUUCUGUUUUUAUUUGUUGCUGUAAAGUUCUGGAUGUGACACAACCCAAACAAGAGAAUCAAAACCUGGAGAGGAGGAAACAGACUCUCGUUUAACAUGUCACCUAGACAGCCUGAAAUCAUCAUCAUCAUCAUCAUCAUCAUCAUCAUGGACAUCAUCUUUAUUAUUCCAGUUAUAAAGAGACAAACCAACACAUAUUGUGCAGCCCUCACCUGAAGCAGAUCUGUGAACUGCCAUUUGCUGCUGGAAGACGAUACGAGUCCCUCAGUCCUCCGUGCACUCAAAGAAGACAUUUGGAGGUGGAAUCUAUCGUCCUCCAUGAAACAAGGAGCACUUCUAGCAUUACAUUUACAAGUGUGCAGGAUGAGCACACACACGCACAUAUACACACACACACACACAUAUACAUAUAUAUAUAUAUAUAUAUAUAUAUAUAAACAUAUUAAAAACACAUCAGCAGCCCAUGAAAAAUUCCUGAAAUGAAUAUCAGCCUCAUCUCAAAGCGACGAUCAGUAACUUUAUUCAAUCAUGUAGAGAGAAAAUUUGGCUUAAUUUGCUGCUCUGCUACAUAUUAACAAUCAUAAGCUUUGCCAAAGUCUGCAAGCACAUACAGUUUAGUCGAUCGAGUUCAUGCUAGAGCUUCCCAGCUCCACAUUAUCAAGGAUCUUCCUCGCUGGCCAAAAGCUGUUUUUCAUCCUAGCUGUGUGCACAAAGCAUGCAAUGAGGAGGUGCUUUCAGUAUUACUGUCACAGAAGGAUCUGAACAUGCAAGGUAUGAAUGUACAUAAUUAAGUGUCUCUACUGAAAAAAAUUAGUGUUGUACAUAAUAUCUUACUUGGCCUCAGGCUCUUUGCCAUUCAGGUUGUUUGAAGUUACACGAUCAUUUCCAACACACAGUAUGUACACUUGCUGGAAUAAUUUAUUAGGCACUUAAUGUAGGGCUGGACAGCUAGCUAGAAAUCAUAUGUUCUUAUUUUUUUAUAAAUAA